AUGACUGGCAAUAACACUUUAAAUUCUUCUUGGAACCCGCUUGAGUCACCACAAGCCUGCCAUCACUGGUCCUUAUUCCCUGAUGAUGCCGACCUAGAUGCAGCCACCGAGGGUGAAGCUGCAUCAGAAGAUGAGCCAGACGAUGAUGAAAGGGAUCUACAAGAACAGUACAUUGAACAUGUUGAGCCAGAACUACCGGAAGAUGAGCUCAGUGAGGGUGGUGGGGCCGAGCGACAGGAGGAAGGUUGUGAAGAUGAGAGAGGUGAUGCCGAUGUGCUGCUGCAAGAUAACGGGGCCACUUUGAAGUGCAGAUCAGUCCUGAAGAUCCUUGAGUGCAUCAGGGAGGAGAAUAUGACACUGGCAAGGUUCCUUGAGGCAUUCAGCUGGGUCAAGGCCAAGAAGCAUGGCCUCUGCACAAUCUAA